GUUGCAUUCGCUGGCCACCUUCAUAUUUGAAGAAAGGGAAAAGCGGAAGUGGAAGGAAGGUAUCAAAAGCAUUGUGCUUCAAAUUCCAAUUUCACCGUUGCUACUCAAGUCAAGAGCUUCGAUGAAAAUGGCUCAGUUUGAUGAUCUAUCAGACGCUUAAAGGCGAGAAGAAGCAGACAAGUCGCGGCUAUGUCCGAUGAUAAAGCUCCGGUUGUUAUGAUCGACCAUUGGCGGAGGACAUACAACUAACAAUUGGUCAUAAGUGUCGAAGGAGAAGACAGUGCCUGCGUCGAGGUAGUUAGUUAUGGAUGAUAGGCAGAAGUUUGAGAAGAAGAUAAGAGGCUUUAUUGAUCAAGUUCGCUUGUAUGAAGAUCCAAAAAGCCAAGAGUCUGCAAGGAAAACUGUUCCUGUGGAAGAGCUUCAGGAGAAAGCGCUAGUAUCUCUGGCCAAGGAGGGAAAGUACGAACCAUCCAAAUGGGAACAAGAUCAUGCUUUCUUGUUGCAGCUUCUUUUCUGGUUCAAGCAAUCAUUCAGGUGGGUUAAUGCACCUUCUUGUGAACAUUGUGGAGAUACGACAACAUUUCAAGAUAUGGGCAAUCCACUUCCUUCAGAACUUCAGUUUGGUGGUUAUCGAGUUGAACUAUAUUGCUGUAAUUCAUGCCAAAAGGUUACUCGUUUCCCACGUUUCAAUGAUCCAAUAAAGCUUUCUGAAACAAGGAGGGGACGCUGUGGAGAAUGGGCCAAUUGCUUUACAUUCUACUGUCGUGUUUUUGGCUAUGAAUCUCGAUUGAUUCUUGAUCUUACUGAUCAUGUUUGGACCGAGUGCUUCUCUCUUCUUUUAGGGAGAUGGAUGCACCUAGAUCCCUGUGAAGCAGUAUAUGACCAACCAUUGUUGUAUGAAAAGGGGUGGAAUAAGAAAUUAAAUUAUGUCAUUGCAAUUUCUAUAGAUGGAGUUCGUGAUGUCACUAAGCACUACACGAGGAAAUGGAAUGAGGUUUUAUCUCGAAGAAAUAUCGUUACAGAGGAGAUCUUAUCAAAUAUGCUUGCAGAAAUAACAAGACAAUGUCGGUCAACCUUUACAUCUCAAUUACUGUCUGAACUUGAAGAUCGUGAUGAAAAGGAAAAUCAAGCACGGGAGAUAGACACCCACUCUAUGGAUGAUUCUUCGGUUUCAUUACCUGGAAGACAAAGUGGAGACAAGGAGUGGCGCAAAUCAAGAUUGGAGAUUGGCUCUGAUGAGGAAGGCUCUUUGAGUUCUUCUGCAUGUCCUGUUCGUAAAUGUGUGGAUGAGCAUGUGACAAGGAUUUAUAGUGCAUUUCAUUCUAUUCUAUCUCAACUUCCUGAUGAAUUUUCCAAGUCUGCAGCAAUUGAAGUACUUGUACUUAUUCAAGGGAUUGUAACAAAUCUCAAGAAAUCUGCCUUUAGGACAAGAAGGGUUUUGGUAGAUUCAGACUCAGAUGAGAUGAAACCCUUUUUGCAUCGGUUGUUUCCUUCCUUGAAGGGUUUUCUUGGUGCUUUGUCAUUAGAUAGCAAUCUGGACACUGAUGGGAGGGUUGAAAUUUGGUUGGCCAAUGAGCCUGUUUAUACCUCUUUAGCAUUGCCUGUUGUGUUAGAUGCUUUUGAAGAAGUAAUACAAGAUAUCAACAAAUGUGAUAACUUUGGUAGAGGCUUUUUAUGUCUUCCUCGUCUGAAGUUAAAAAGAAUGCAUUCUGGCUUGGUCCUUGCAAGUGGCGAGGAACUUCCUUUUGGAAUAGCUACAUCAGCAUUUGAUGGGAUUCGUUCAUCCAAAUGGGAAGAGCCAAAUGGCGCGAAAGGUUGUUGGAUCAUGUACAAGGUAUUAGACAACAAGAUGGAAGAAUUGGUUGCCUAUGAGUUGAUGUCAGCUAAUGAUGCACCUGAAAGGGAUCCAAUGGAUUGGGUUGUUGAGGGGAGUGAAGAUGGGGGAAGCAGUUGGCAUCUUCUUGAUGAACAAACAAAUCAAAUGUUUGACAACCGUUUUCAACGUAGAAGUUUCUUUGUUGUCAAAACUGGUCACUUAUCAAAUGCUUUCAGGUUUAGAUUCUUGGCAGUUCGUGAUGUCGAGUCGACGUCAAGGUUACAAAUUGGUAGCAUUGAUUUGUAUGCUCCAAGUUUUAGCUCAAUAAGCUGAACUUGAGAAUUCCUCAACAUAGAUAAAUAAAUAAAUAAACUGAACUUGGGAUCAA